CCAAGGCAACUGGGCGGUGCCUGAGCUGGCGGAAAGGAGGAGUUCGUCUAGAUUUGUCCGCUUGCUGGUGGACUUCGGGAGUCGCAGUCUCUGAACUUCCAGCCUCAGAGACCGCCGCUCUUGUUCCCAAGGGCCAUGGGCCGGGUCUCAGGGCUUGUGCCCUCUCGCUUCCUGACGCUCCUGGCGCAUCUGGUGGUCGUCAUCACCUUAUUCUGGUCCCGGGACAGCAACAUUCAGGCCUGCCUGCCUCUCAGGUUCACCCCCGAGGAGUAUGACAAGCAGGACAUUCAGCUGGUGGCCGCGCUUUCUGUCACCCUGGGCCUCUUUGCAGUGGAACUGGCCGGUUUCCUCUCAGGAGUCUCCAUGUUCAACAGCACCCAGAGCCUCAUCUCCAUUGGGGCUCACUGUAGUGCAUCCGUGGCCCUGUCCUUCUUCAUAUUCGAGCGUUGGGAGUGCACUACGUAUUGGUACAUUUUUGUCUUCUGCAGUGCCCUUCCAGCUGUCACUGAAAUGACUUUAUUCGUCACCGUCUUUGGGCUGAAAAAGAAACCUUUCUGAGCACCUUCAUGACGGGAACCUAAGGAAGAAGGCUACAGGGGCAAGGGCCGCUUCGUAUUCCUGGAAGAAGGAAGGCAUAGGCUUCGGUCCUCCCCUCGGAAACUGCUUCUGCUGGAGGAUAUGUGUUGGAAUAAUUACGUCUUGAGUCUGGGAUUAUCCGCAUUGUAUUUAGUGGUUUGUAAUAAAAUAUGUUUUGUAGUAAGAUUAAGACAUAUACAGUUUUCAGGGCACAAUUGAGAUGGCGAAACUACUGAAGAAAAAAAAAGAAGCAACGUUAUUUUCUAAUCCUGCAGACCGUAAGAUACUUGGUAUCGCUUCUAUUUUGGUCAUUACGGUAGUUGUCUGGCGGAAGGGAGUGGGCGGAGAUAUGUAAAUAGAAAGUGCUUACAGUUAGAACGUCCGGCACGUAAAUGAUCGGAGCAUUCUGGGAAAAAGAAAUUUAUUCCUUUUCGGCAGCCGAAUGAAAAAAUUCUUUUAAAAAUGUGCAAGCAAAUAUGGCAAUACAACUGGAAGGAUGCUAAGUAGUAGGGUUACUUAUACCAACGCGUCGUGAACUCACCCUAGCUGAUAACGGAAUCUUUUUGACUGAGUGCGGAAUGUCGGCUCUUCACAAAUAUCGUCAGGUGGGAUAAUCCUUACCUGUUCCUCCUUUGGAGGGCAGAUUAGAACAUGAUGAUUGGAGAAUGCAUGAAACGUGAUUAACGUCUCUGCGUAGUCAGGACUUGCAACAUCCUGAUUGCUCCUAUCUGAUUCUUCCUGACGAUCGCUGUU